UGACUGACACUUGCCCAUGUGAGUCCGUGUCAAGCUUCUCGAGCUGGACUCACUGGCUUGAUGUCAGCACCUACUGGAAUGGUUGGAUCCCCCUUUGGGAAAAAAGUUUGAAGAGGACUUGCUAUUUUAGAUUUUUAUUUUUAAAGUAUUUACGGAGAAUGAGUAGAUAACGAAGUUUUGGAGCGGUGUCCAAGACAACCGGGCGCGUCGACUUGACGCAUUUACCGGAGAGCAGUCACGUGAAUUACUCCUGCCUUAACAUGCUGCAGGAUGGCAACGGGAAGAACCCGCAGGGAGCACCGAACGCCGAAGCCGAGCACGACUCGCCGUCCGGUGAUGCCGAACUGGUGCCGCCGCUGCCACCAGCAGCCGCUGCCACCGCAUCGGGCCCCGAGGACACGCUCUUCCCUUUGCCCGGAAACACCAAACUGGACAUCAAAAGACACGCAGUGACAAACGAUUAUAAAGUCUCCAGCCAGGUUCUGGGUUUGGGAAUUAAUGGGAAAGUUCUGGGAUGCUUCAACAAGAAGACCGGACAGAAAUGCGCUCUUAAGAUCCUCUAUGACAACCCCAAAGCAAGGCGGGAGGUGGAGCUUCAUUGGAGGGUGUCCGGAGGGCCGCAUAUUGUCCAAAUCCUAAACCUGUAUGAGAACAUGUAUCAUGGAAAGAAGUGCCUGCUCAUCAUCAUGGAAUGUAUGGAGGGUGGAGAGCUGUUCAGCCGCAUCCAAGCUCGAGGAGAUCAGGCUUUCACAGAGAAAGAGGCAUCUGGGAUCAUGAGAGACAUCGGCACGGCCAUUGAGUUCCUGCACAGCAUUAACAUUGCGCACAGAGAUAUCAAGCCCGAGAAUCUACUGUACACAUCAAAGAACAAGAAUGGAGUUCUCAAAUUAACGGAUUUUGGUUUUGCAAAGGAGACCACGCAACACAACCCUCUCCAGACGCCCUGCUACACGCCGUACUACGUGGCACCUGAGGUUUUAGGUCCGGAGAAAUAUGACAAGUCAUGUGACAUGUGGUCUCUGGGCGUUAUCAUGUACAUCCUGUUGUGCGGCUUCCCUCCGUUUUAUUCCAACACGGGUCAAGCCAUUUCUCCAGGGAUGAAGAAGCGAAUCAGGAUGGGUCAAUAUGAAUUUCCCAACCCGGAGUGGGCUGACGUGUCACAGGAAGGCAAACAUUUGAUUCACCAGUUGCUGAAGACGGACCCCAACGAGAGAAUGAGCAUCACUCAGUUUAUGAAUCACCCCUGGAUUAGUCAAUCCACGGUGGUUCCCUCCACGCCGCUCCACACCACCCGAGUAUUGACAGAAGACAGAGAGAUGUGGGAAGACGUGAAGGAGGAAAUGACCAGCGCUUUGGCGACCAUGCGUGUCGACUACGACCAAGUGAAGAUCAAGGACCUGGAUACGUCCAGCAACCCCCUCCUCGCCAAGAGACGCAAGAAAGCUGCCGCAGGGGCGAAGGGUGGCGCCACUGUCUGCCAAAGUCAAUGAGGGAUGGCAGCUCAGUCUCACAAUGAAGGCCAAAGACUUCCUUGUCACUCUUUGUAAUUGAGCCGUGAAGAGAUUUGCGUAAAGAGACAACAAAAUUAUUAACACAGCAGGAAAUAAAUAAGCCUGACUGUAACGUUUCCUGCCAAUGUGUUUGUUAAAGUAUUUAAUGACAUUUUAGAUCCUGUCUCUCUGUCACUGUGCAAGUACUGUAAUGUUUUCUAGUUGAGGUCUCAUUUUUGACCACGCACUAAUAAUCGGUGAGCAUGGCUCCCAUACAGGGGAACCUCUAAAGUUGAGCAAUUUGGGGUGCUCACAUUUCCUGGAAAGGUUUUUAAAAAAAAAAAAAAAAAAUCAUCAGUGUUUGACUUCACAACUCCACUUAUUUUUUUUUUUAAUUUGUGUGUUAUAGGUGAAUAGUGUCAUUUCUACCAGAAGUGAAAUUGCACCUAUCAUUUCCUCCGCUUCUUAUCCUUGUUAGAGAGGUAGGCUGCACCCUGGACUGCUCACUGAUUUACUUUAUUUUAGUAUUCAGGUAAACAUCUCAAAAUGUUAAUCUAAACAUUGCCUGUACAGUCAUUAGAGACUUUAUGUUGGUGAGAAUUUGAUUACAAAAUUAAAAUGAAUUCACCAUGCUUAAUUUUCUUGCAGCGUCACAUGACGAAUUGUGUUUGACCUUUGACUUUUAUGCAUUAUCAAACCUACUGCAGACAAAAUGUCAAACUUGAGCACUCUUGUGCUGCGUUGUUUGCAUUCAGAUGCUUUUGUCUAACCCGUGUGUCCUUUUCCUGAACUCUGACUAUUUUUCAGAAAAACAAUAAAAUGGUCAAACGUGA